AUGGGGAGCACUGGUGUUGUUGCAGGCAUGCUGGAGCGGCGCCGCGAGGCAGAGCACCACCUGCAGGACUAUGUGGAGGCGGAGGCGCGCGACCUGUCGGGCGAGCCCUUCACGCGCUUCAUGAACCAGAUCUACAAGCGCAUCUACGCCCUCAUCUCCAGGUGUGCGAGCCUUAACGAGCGCUUGGGUGGUGUCCUCGCCAUCGAUGAACUUAUUGAUGUCAAGCUGCUGGGCGAGGAUGCAGCAAAGACGUCCUAUUUUGCGUCUUACCUGCGAGAGGUGUUCCAGCCGAGCACGGACCCCAUGACCAUGGAGGUGGCCGCCUCUACUCUGGGCCACCUCGUCAAGAGCGGCGGCGCCCUCACCGCCGACAUUGUCGACAUGCAUCACGCCCAGGUGCGGAGAUCGAUCGAGUGGUUGGGCGAUCGUGGGGAGGCGCGGAGGUACGCCGCAGCGCUGAUCCUCCGCGAGCUGGCAGAGAAUGCGCCAGCGGUAUUCAAUGUGCAUGUGCGUGCCUUUAUCGACGCCAUUUGGUCCGGCCUGCGCGACGCCAAGCUGCUCGUGCGCGAGGCUUCUGUCGCCGCCUUGAGGGCGUGCCUGGUGCUUGUGGAGAAGCGUGAGACGCGCUAUCGCGUGCAGUGGUACUACCGGCUGUUUGAGGAGACGCAGCGCGGCCUCACACGCUACCCCAACUCCGUUGAUCACAUUCAUGGCUCCCUCCUCGCCCUGGGGGAGCUACUGCGCCACACUGGCGAGUUCAUGCUAGCGCGCUACCGGGAGGUUGUGGAGAUUGUGCUGCACUUCCGCGAGUCGAAAGAGAAGCUGAUCCGCCGCGCUGUCAUCUCGCUCAUCCCCCGCCUGGCCGCCUUUGCACCCGAGCGCUUUGCCGCCACCUACCUCUCCACCUGCACUGACUACCUCAUCAAUGUAGUCAAGACGCCAAACAAGCGUGGCCCGGGGUUUGUGGCGAUCGGGGACAUGGCGCUCGCGCUGGCGUCGGCCGGCUGCGCCGCGCGCAUGGAGCCCGUGCUGCCGCGCCUGGCUGAGCAGCUUCGCGAAGCCAUCGCCGCCCCGCGCAGCCGCAGGGGGGUCAACUGCCCCGAGGCACUGCAGUGUGUUGGAGUGCUGGCGGAGGCCCUACGAGGAGCAUGGAAGCCGUAUGCAACCGCGCUCAUAGAGCCCAUGAUCCUCAUGGGCCUGUCCCCUACCCUCGUCCUAGCGCUGCAGGAGUUAGUGGCGGCGCUGCCGGAGCUGCUGGGCCACAUUCAGGGGCAGCUGCUGGACCUGCUGUCACUGGUGCUGGCCAGGCGCCUCUACCGCGAGGGCCUCCCCCAGCUUCACCUCAAUGCCCUGCACCAGGCCGUCGCCCAUGGCGAGUUGCAGGGAGCGGCGCUGACGCGGCUGGCGCUGCAGACGCUGGUCAGCUUUGACUUCGGCUCGGCGCGGCUGCUCGAUUUUGUGCGCGACGAUGUGACGCCCUACCUGGACGAAGCUGAUGUCAGCGUCCGCCGUGCAGCUGCCGCCGCUGCUGCCGCCGUGCUGCACCGCACCGCCAGCGCUGCGCCUGGCUCCCGCGCAGCCAUCCACCCACAGGCGCACACGCUUGCAGUGGAGGCCGUGGUAAGCCGGCUGUUGAUGGCGGCUUGUGCAGACACGAGCGUGAGCGUGCGGCGCACUGUUCUGCAGUCCGUGCAGGCCCCAUCACCCCUCGACACCUACCUGGCUCAGGCGGACAGCCUGCGCGCGCUCUUUGUAGCGCUGAAUGACGAGAGCGGCGCUGUGCGAGCGCUGGCGGUUGGUGUGGCCGGGAGGCUGGCUUCGCUCAACCCGGCCUACAUCAUGCCGGCCCUGCGCAAGCACCUCAUGCAGCUGCUCUCCGACAUGGAACUCUCCCCUGACUCCAAGCAGCGCGAAGGGAGCGCGCAUCUGCUGGGGCGGCUGAUCAACGCGUGCCCGCGGCUGGUGCUGCCGUAUGUUUCGCCCAUCCUCAAGGCGCUCGUGGCCAAGCUGCGCCUGGCGCCCCACCUGCAGCUCACCGCUGCCGGGCCCUCAGGCGCCACCACCAAGGCCACCCUCCUGGCGCGCGUGGCCGGCCCCGGUUUGCGCGUGCACAUAGGCGAGGUGCUGCCGCUCAUCAUCGAGGCCAUUCAGGACACCUCCGGCGGCAACAAGCGCCUCGUGGCUGUCUCCACGCUUGGCCAGGUGGUGGAGAGCACUGGGCUGGUGAUGUCACCGUAUCUGGAAUACCCACAGCUGCUGGGCGUGCUGCUGCGCAUGCUCAACGAGGGCGAAGGCUCCCAGCACGUGCGCCGCGAGGUCCUCAAGGUGCUGGGCAUCAUAGGGGCGCUGGACCCGCACACGCACAAGCUGAACCAGGCGGAUCUGCAGGGUGAGGGCAAGCUGGAGCGCGAGGGCGUGCGGCCACAGCGCCAGCUGGGACCCGACGGCGUGCUGCCCGGGGAGACUCUCGGUGCUCUGUCAUUUGGCUUCAUGAUGAGGGAAGAAUUUGCUCAUGCAGGGGCAAUGGGGGGCGAUGAGCUGACAGGGGACCUGCUGUCGUCGACCGGCCUGGUAACGAGCAGCGAGGAGUAUUAUCCGACUGUCGCCAUCAAUGCGCUCAUGCGCACUCUGCGCGACCCGGCCAUGUCCAGCCACCACCCGCAGGUUGUGCGGUCGCUGUUCUACAUCUUCCAGGCGCUGCAGCUGCAGGCCGUUCCUUACCUGCCCAAGGUAAUGAGUGUGCUGCUGGGCGUGCUGCGGAACGCAGAUGAGGCGCUGUCCGAAUUCUUGGUGCAGCAGGUCACUGCGCUGGUUGCGCUGAUGAAGGCGCACAUGCGCAAGUGGCUGCCAGACAUCCUGCAGCUCAUAGCCGACUUCUGGUCGCCCACAUCACCGCUGCUGCCCCACCUCCUCCGACUGCUCUCAGAGCUCGCCGUGGCGUUGCGGGACGACAUUCGAGCAUACCUGCCGGGGCUGCUGCCCAAGUUUGUGGCGCUGUUUGGCGAGGCUGAGCGCGGCGGCGGCUACGAGCUGGUGCGGCCGGCGCUUGCAUGCCUGGAGGCGCUCGGCACUGCGCUGGAAGACCACCUAGCGCUCCUUCUGCCAGCGCUCGUCCGCCUCAUCCAUCCGAGCGUGGCGGGGACACCGUUGGAGAUUCGCAGAGCAGCGCUGCACAGCAUGCGGCGGCUGCUGCCCCGCAUGCCGCUGGCCGGGUCCUCAGCUGCGGUGCUGCACCCUCUGCUGCGCGUCCUGGACGGCAGCGUCGAGGAGCUGCGGCGGGACGCAGCCGACACCAUCUGCUCUGUCGCCAUUGCGCUUGGCCCCGACUUCGCCCUGUUUGUGCCCACCAUCAGCAGGGCAAUGGCGCGGCACAAGAUGGUGCACGAGAAGUUUGCGCGACUGGCGGAGCGGGUGACGCUGCAGGAGCCGCCGUGCAUGAGCGAGGCGGAUGACUGGGAGUCCAACAACCGCUGGAUUGAUGACCUGGUCCCGGCGGCUGAUGCCACCUCUUCUUUGCCAGCAUUACCCGACGCCGCAAGUGAGUCCAAGCUGCCUGUGAACGAGGCGGGGCUGCGGCGCGCCUGGGAGAGCAGCCAGCGCAGCACCAAGGAGGACUGGGCGGAGUGGAUGCGCCACUUCUCCGUUGAGCUGCUGAAGGAGUCGCCGUCGCCCGCGCUCCGUGCCACUCACUCUCUCGCACAGGUACAGCCGGCGAUGGCGCGGGACCUGUUCCCGGCGGGCUUUGUGUCGUGCUGGGCGGAGCUGGAGGAGGGGAUGCAGGAGGCCCUGGUGCGCAGCCUGGAGGCAGCGCUCGCGUCGCCCUCCAUCCCCAAGGACAUCGUCACCACGCUCCUCAACCUGGCCGAGUUCAUGGAGCACGACGAGAAGAGCCUGCCCCUCGACACCAGGACGCUGGGGGCCCUGGCAGAGAAGUGCCACGCGUUUGCCAAGGCGCUGCACUACAAGGAGGUGGAGUUUGCGCAGACGCCCGAGACGGCGGUGGAGUCGCUCAUUUCCAUCAACAACCAGCUGCGCCAGCCGGAGGCCGCCAUUGGCAUCCUGGCUGUCGCCCAGAACGACCUGCACAUGGAGCUCAAGGAGUCCUGGUAUGAGAAGCUGAACAGGUGGGAGGAGGCGCUGGAGGCCUACGAGCGCAAGUACCAGAACACGGCUGGAACUCCUGCAUACGUUGAUGCAGCACUUGGGAGACUCAGGCGCGACACAUUCCCUUCUUGUGAUGUAGGCAAGAUGAUCCUGUGCCUGGGCGCGCUGGCGGAGUGGGAGCGGCUGAGCGAGGCGUGCCGGUUUGAGUGGCGGCAGCUGGAGCCGCACCUGCGCCCGCGCAUGGCCUACCUGGGCGCCAACGCGGCCUGGCACAUGGGCCAGUGGGACGAGAUGUCCACCUACGUUGCCGCGCUCGAGUCCGAGGAGGGCCCUGAGCUCUCCACCGGCUCCUUCAUGUCCGCCGUUCUCAACGUCCGCCACGGCAACUACGCCGCUGCAAAGAGCUGCAUAGAGCGCUCGCGGGAGCUGCUGGGGCAGGAGCUGGCGGCGUUGGUAGGCGAGAGCUAUGAGCGCGCGUACCAGAACAUGGUGCGCGUGCAGCAGCUGACCGAGCUGGAGGAGACCAUCGACUACUCCCUCGCCCUCACCCUGGCCCAAGGUGACGAGGUCGCGGCUGAGGCGAGGCGGGCGUUGACCAGGCAGAUGUGGCGCGAGCGUUUGAAUGGAGUACAGCGCAACCAUGAAGUCUGGCAGUCGCUGUUGUCGGUGCGCAGCUUGGUGCUGCCCAUGCACGAGGACACCCACACCUGGCUCAAGUUUGCGUCCCUGUGCAGAAAGUCCGGACGCCCAAAGCAGGCGUAUCGUACUCUGCGCUCGCUGCUGGGCUAUGACCCCACAGCAAUUCCUGCGGGGCAGUCUGGGUAUGGUGCUGGCAGCGGCGCGCCCGACCUCAUGUUUGGCUUCCUCAAGCACCUCUGGGCCACACACAGCCGCCAUGACGCCCUCCACAGGAUGGAGGACCUGGAGCACGAGGUGACGGUGUCGCCGCUGCCGACAGCCGAAGAGGCGGCCGUGGCGGCGCAGAGCAUUGUGGUGGGAGGGCGCACGGGGCCGGCCAUGGCCAUCCUGUUUGCCACGCCCGCAGGCCGCAUGGCCGGCGGCUAUCGCGCCUCCCUUGUGGCGCGCGUGCAUUUGCGCCUUGGCAUGUGGCGAUGGAGCAUCUCCGAGGCCUCCAAGGAGGUGACAGAGGAUGUGAUAGAGGCGGUUAAGAGCAACCUGCACAUAGCGAUCCAGGCCGCUCCAGACUGGGCCAAGGCGUGGCACAAUUGGGGUCUCUUCAACGUCAAUGCCAUGGACCACUACUCGCGCUCCGAUGUCGCCACGGCCAACCGGCAUGUGGCGCCCGCCGUCGCCGCCUUUUUCAAGUCUGUGUCGCUCAGCCAGGCCUCAGGUGGCGAGGGGUCGCGGGGGUCCAAUCUGCAGGACAUCCUGCGGCUGCUCACGCUGUGGUUCACGCACGGCGCGGCGCCGGAUGUUGAGAAGGCGCUGGAGGAGGGCUUUGGGCAUGUGUCCAUCGACACCUGGCUUGUGGUCAUUCCGCAGGUGAUAGCGCGCAUCCACGACCAGCAGGUGGUGGUGCGGCGACUGAUCUGCAGCCUGCUCAUCUGCAUCGGGCGCCACCACCCGCAGGCCCUCAUGUACCCGCUCCUCGUUGCCAGCAAGAGCCAGUCGGGCAACCGGCGCUCGGCCGCCACGAGCAUCAUCGACAACGUGCGCCAACACUCAGCCACCCUCGUCGAGCAGGCCCAGCUGGUGAGCACGGAGCUGAUCCGCAUGGCCAUCCUGUGGCACGAGAUGUGGCACGAGGCGCUAGAGGAGGCGUCGCGGCAGUACUUUGGGGAGAGCAACGUGGAGGCCAUGCUGGCCACACUCAUGCCGCUGCACGAGAUGAUGGCCCAGCAGGGGCCCACCACACUCAAAGAGAUCGCCUUUGUCCAGGCAUAUGGGCGUGAGCUGGCGGAGGCGUACGAGUGGUGCCAGAAGUACCGCAUGAGCCGGCGCGAGGCGGAGCUGCACCAGGCCUGGGACCUGUACUACCACGUCUUCAAGCGCAUCAACAAGCAGCUCCCCUCCCUCACCGUCCUUGAACUCCAGUACGUCGCGCCCGCGCUCGUCCGCGCACAGGGUCUGGAGCUGGCAGUGCCGGGCACGUACAUAGCGGGAGAGCCGGUGGUGACAAUUGCCGCAUUCGCGCCGCAGCUGCAUGUGAUCACCUCCAAGCAGCGCCCGCGCAAGCUCACCAUCCAUGGCAGCGACGGCGCCGAAUACAUGUUCCUGCUCAAGGGGCAUGAGGACCUGCGGCAGGAUGAGCGCGUGAUGCAACUGUUUGGCCUGGUCAACACAAUGCUGGCGCAUGACCGCACCACCGCCGAGCGCGACCUAUCCAUCGCUCGCUACGCCGUCAUCCCCCUCUCACCCAACUCUGGGCUGAUCGGGUGGGUGCCCAACACGGACACGCUGCAUGCGCUGAUCCGGGAGUACCGCGACGCGCGCAAGAUUCCCCUCAACGUGGAGCACCGCCUCAUGCUGGGCAUGGCGCCCGACUACGACCACCUCACCGUCAUCCAAAAGGUUGAGGUCUUCGAGCACGCCCUCGACUCCACCUCAGGCGAGGACCUGCACAAGGUGCUAUGGCUGAAGUCGCGCAGCAGCGAGGUGUGGCUGGAGCGGCGCACACACUACACGCGCUCCACCGCUGUCAUGUCCAUGGUGGGCUACCUGCUGGGCCUGGGUGAUCGGCAUCCGAGCAACCUCAUGCUGGACCGCUACAGCGGCAAACUGCUGCACAUUGACUUUGGCGACUGCUUUGAGGCGUCCAUGAACCGCGAGAAGUUCCCUGAGCGGGUGCCCUUCCGAUUGACGCGGAUGAUGGUGAAGGCCAUGGAGGUCUCUGGCGUUGAAGGCAACUUCAGGUCGACGUGCGAGAGCGUGAUGCGCGUGCUGCGCAGCAACAAGGACAGCGUGAUGGCCAUGCUGGAGGCCUUUGUGUACGACCCACUCAUCAACUGGCGCCUGGUCAAGACGGGCGAGGGCGAGACCGACAACGCGCUGGCAGCCAUGAACUCUGAGAUGCUGCCAUCCAACGUGACCUUCACAGGGAAGUUGGAGGAUGUGGGGUCAGCGGAGAUGCCGAGCCCACCUCGUCGGGAGACCCGGGAGCGCGAGAUGCUGACGGCGUAUGGGCAGCUGGGCGACGCCGUGGAGGUCAUCAACGAGCGCGCAGUGGCAGUCAUGAAACGCAUGUCCGACAAACUAACGGGGCGGGACUUUGUCCAGACGCUGCUGCAGGAGGGGCUGCCGGGCAGCACGGAGAGCGACAGCAUUCAAAGCCAAGUGCAGCGGCUCAUUGUGCAGGCGUACAGCCACGAGAACCUGUGCCAGUCCUAUAUUGGAUGGUGUCCAUUCUGGUGA